CUGCUGAAGCAAUGGGUCCUAAGCCCUUCCCGGUCGCCCUUCCUCACAGGACCAUGCUGGCUGUCCCCUGGGGGACUUGGAGCAUCAAGUCUGCUGCUGAGGCAGGACAGCUGGCCCAGAAUCUGCAGCAUGACUCUCAGUUCUCAUGAGGAAGGGAGGCUUCAGGGGCUUCUAAAAACCCACCUUGCCCCCUGGUUCAUCUGUAGAGUGUCAGAAUGAAUGAACUUCUCUCUGGAGGAGGCUGGGGAGGAGAGGUUGGACACUAACUUUGCCAGGCUGUGCCUGGGCGUUUUGUGUUGCUUUUCUCCCCGUACAUCAUCACAAGCCUCUCUCUUUCCUGGGCACCGAGACAUGGGCUCCCCUUGCCCAGCAAAGAACCAGCUGUCAACACCCUUCCUAAGAGAAGCGACAGGUGAGCCCACAGCUCCCUGGCCUGGCCGUCUGCGACGAUGCCCAUGGCUUCCAGAGACAGGGACCAGCGGCCCGGACACCAUCACUUUGGCUCCCACAGCCCCUUGAGUCAGCUCUGGCCUGGUCCCCCAGAGCUGCCGCCGGUCAAGGGUCUUUACUAUGGCAGGGCUCGAAGGCUGGGUGCCCUGGACGCCUCUCCCGAGGCAGACCUGAAGAAGGAGAUCCUAGUGAACGUGGGUGGCCUGCGCUACCUGCUGCCCUGGAGCACACUGGACGCCUUUCCUCUGAGCCGCCUGAGCAGGCUUCGGCUGUGUCGCAGCUACCAGGAGAUCACACAACUCUGUGACGACUACGACGAGGACAGUCAAGAGUUCUUCUUCGACCGGAGCCCCAGCGCCUUCGGGGUGAUCGUGAGCUUCCUGGCGGCCGGGAAGCUAGUACUCCUGCGGGAGAUGUGCACGCUGUCCUUCCAGGAGGAGCUGAGCUACUGGGGCAUCGAGGAGGCCAACCUGGAGCGCUGCUGCCUGCGCAAGCUGCUCGAGAAGUUGGACGAGGUGGCCGAGCUGCGCCGGGAGGAGGCUGCCCAGCGGCGGCAGCAGCACCAGGCCAGGCACCCCGACGUGCAGGCCUCCCGCUGGGCCCGCAGCAUGGACCGGCUGCGGGAGAUGGUGGAGGACCCGCAGUCUGGCCUGCCCGGGAAGGUCUUUGCCUGCCUCUCCAUCCUCUUCGUGGCCACCACAGCGGUCAGCCUGUGUGUGAGCACUAUGCCGGACUUCAGAGCGGAGGAAGAGAAAGGAGAGUGCUCCCGGAAGUGCCGCUCCAUCUUUGUGGUGGAGACCAUCUGCGUGGCCUGGUUCUCCCUGGAGUUCUGCGUUCGCUUCGUCCAGGCCCAAAACAAGUGCCAGUUCUUCCGCGGGCCCCUGAACAUCAUCGACAUCCUGGCCAUCUCGCCGUACUACGUGUCGCUCGCAGUGUCUGAGGAGCCCCCGGAGGCUGGCGAGAGGACCGGCGGCAGCUCCUACCUGGAGAAGGUGGGGCUGGUGCUGCGGGUGCUGCGGGCGCUGCGCAUCCUCUAUGUGAUGCGCCUGGCCCGCCACUCGCUGGGCCUGCAGACGCUGGGCCUCACGGUGCGUCGCUGUGCCCGAGAGUUUGGCCUGCUGCUGCUCUUCCUCGGGGUGGCCGUCACCCUCUUCUCCCCCUUGGUCUACGUGGCUGAGAAUGAGUCCGGAAGGGUCCUGGAGUUCACCAGCAUCCCUGCCUCCUACUGGUGGGCCAUCAUCUCGAUGACCACCGUGGGCUACGGGGACAUGGUCCCACGCAGCGUGCCAGGCCAGAUGGUGGCUCUGAGCAGCAUCCUCAGCGGGAUCCUCAUCAUGGCCUUCCCUGCCACGUCCAUCUUCCACACCUUCUCCCACUCCUACCUGGAGUUGAAGCGGGAGCAGGAGCAGCUCCAGGCCCGCCUCCGUCGCCUCCAGAACACCAACUCAGCCAGUGAGCGGGAACUCCUGAGCGACGUGGACGACCUGGUCCCUGAGGGUCUGGCCUCGCCCAUCCCCUACAUGUAACUCCCACCACCUCGGGAAGGCUUUCUCACAAUAGCUCCAGUUCAUUGCCUGGACCUAGAUAAGCCAGUAUUCCUCGAGUGGACCACCUGGUUGCUGUGCCUCAGGUGCUGCUUUGGAAGUAGGUAGGGCACAAGGCCAGGACAUCAUUGAUGUGAUCCGGGGACCAGCUGUCUCCUUCCCCCGCUCCCUGCCAGCCACUGGGCACAGUUUAUCUUGCUAGGCUGGGGCAGCGGCCCGGCACACUCUCUCCCUUCCCUGUGGAUGCUGUGAUAUUCCACGCAGAAUUCUGGAUCCUCGUGGAACUUACCGCCACUGAUGGUGGAACACGGAUCCUGCAGAAUUCCAUCUUCCACCUCCAAUCCUCUGUCCUGGAACACAUCAGCCCUGAGAAUUGGAGGGCUCAGGCAGUGGGACCUUCUGCUCGAAGCUCCACGCAGCCCUGCACGGCUUCUGUGAGGGUGGUAUGUUUUUCCAUUCGCUGCCACCAACAGCAUUUCCAAACACUGUGUCAGCAUCCAUUGUUUGAGAGCUUCUUGGCCAAAGAAGCGGGUGCUGUAUGUAGCAAAUUCUAUGUCAGGAGCUGCUGUUCAGGGACUGUAAGCCUUCUGUCUCCUAUAACAUGCCCCAGCGGUGGCCUGCUGUCCUGUAACAGGCCGCCAAGGCCUGGGCAGGAGGGCUACCUGCCUUUCCAGUAGGCCUGGUUGGCCAUUUGGAUUCUUGGAAAUCUCCCAUUAUUGAGCCCUUAGCCUCAACAAAGACAGUCUUUGAGAACCCCCUAGUGUCCCUGCAGAGACCCCCACCAGCACCAAGGACACCUCAGCUUUCCACACUCAACUAAGCCACGACUGACACAGCUCGGCUUUAGCAUACAAACAGGACAGCCUCCCACUGAUGGAGGAGAGACAUUUCUAAUGUGUUCUGGUCCUGUCUACGUAUUCAUCUGCCCAUCAGUCAGCAGACACAUCUCCUCAGAUGGGUCAUCCACGGAGGAGGCAAGUAGAGGGUCAGAUGGCCCGGGACAAGGCAGUACCUCUGAGCAGCCAGCGCCUUCAAACGUCUCCAGACACAGGGGCUGAGCACAGUUGGGAAAUGAGGCUGGAAAGGUGGGCUGGGGUAAGGAGGUGGGGACCACAGUGGUGCCUUGCAGAAGAACUUGUAGAUGAACCAUGCAUGAGGACAAGGGUGAUGGUCCAAGGGGACCUGAGCCCAGGCCGGACUGGGGCGUGACAGACCUGCAGGUCCACCUCCUCCGUGUUAUGACUGCUCAUACUUGUGUCUGGGCAGAACACAUCUGGGAGACAUCCCUGUAGCAGGUAUCAGGGUUUGACACGGCCCCACUGUUCCUCACCACUGCCUGGAAGGUCAAGGACGCAAGUGGAUGGUGGUGAGGUAGACAGGGUCCUGUGGAUCUGACCCAGCACAUGUGUAAGCCCAGUCAACACCACAGCACAUGCCUGACUGUUAGUCCUUCUGCCACUAUUGAGCUUAGCCCUGCUACGUGUCAAGCCCACGCUUCCCCUGACUGCUGACUACUCUGCCCAGGGGAGUCCCAGCAUCUAAUGGUAGAAAAAGUCUUGCCCACAUGGAAGCCCUCACUUCUGAUUUCCUAGAGAGACGCACAUCCCUCUAGACUUCAUGGCCCAGAGGCCACUCCCAGUGCUUCUAAGCUAACGUCUCCAGGCAAUCCCUUUUCAUCAUACAAGGAGAGGUGCUGCUCCAUGAGGUCUAAGGCUGCCCUGCCCCAAGAAGUGGCUAGCAGAGUCCGGGGUCAAUGGAUGCAUUCUGGGGCUGCUUCAACAACUAAUCUUUUGUUCUAGGAUGACAUUUUUUUGAGACAGGGUCUCACAGCAUAGCCCAGCCUGGUCUGGAACAUGUGAUUCUCCUGCCCCAGUGCCAGGCUAAUAUUUUUAUAACUAUUCUUAUACAAAAUUAAAAAGUCAGUUCCCCCUUCACUCUCUUACUAGAUAGACAUCGUGGGUACCAGCUGGGGCCUGGAUUAUUUGCUCUGUCUGUAACUUUGGGAAGGCCCAUUUCCCUCCAUCAACCGUAGGGUUGGGCUAGACCUGUGGCUUUCUGGCUGACGUUCUACAGAACAACGUUGGGCUGAAAACCAGUUGAGCAGAAAGAGCUCUGGGUCCUGUUGGUAAGAAACGAUGUCUAGAAUUCAAAAAUGUCUGGAUGCCACCUCACCACCCAGUUACGGCUGUCCGCAGCCUGCUGAAUGAAUGUCGCAGCUCACCCCGGAAACCAAAGACGCGCGGAGGCCGGGGGCACUCUCGUCAGCCUGCAUCUGUCCGUCUGUUCUGACUGAAGACCUCGUUUGUGUCACAAGCCCGAGGUGGUGAGUCUCAAUCACGCUCUGCUGCUGGUGUGCCUGGCUCUCACCUGAUGUCCCCACAGUCCUCUCUGCCACUAAAAUGUCCCAAAACCAGAAGAAAAGCUGAGAGUGAACAUUAGCUGAACCCAUCAGAGAUGUGAGGUUCUACUGAGUCUGUAUACACGUCCAACUGACAUUCUCACUGAACCAGAGGUGGAAACCGGGGCUGAUUGCUUGAAGUCGGGCUUAAUGUAAUGCUCUAUUUUUCUCUCCCGGGCAGUGUCCCAGCUGAUGAGUCUCAAUCGUUCUGGUCCAACCUGCUGAGCAGCCUCUUUGAUGUGAUUGGAUGCAGUGGGGAUGACAAGCAAGUGGUUAGGAGGUUUCUUUAUGCCUGUUGGCUCAUGGGAGCCUGGUGACUCCCAUAGGCCUCUCUGAGGCCAGCUGCCUAGACUGUAGCCUAAGGUUAUCCUGGAUGUCAGCCACCUUUUAGCAUAGA